UCCAUGCAGCAGACCUCGUUUAUCCAGCUGUUAAUGAAAUAAAUGAAUCGAAGAAGACCUGGCGUGGGUGUAUCAACGAUGGAUAGAGCUCAUCUGACGUUAUAGUGAAAAGUCUCUAAGGGAUAUCAUGGACUUUUUGAAGAAUACAGUGACAAGAUGCUUCAUCUUUUGUGUGUUGUUCUUGGUGACAAACUUUGUCAAUAAGUAUGUCUUGUCAGUUCUUGAGUUCAAGUAUCCUACUAUAUUCCAAGGAUGGCAGACAUUUGUUGGUUUCCUGGUUAUCAGGAUGGGUGUGGUCACCAAACACUUGCCCUCCAUGCUGACAGACAAGGAAACUAUCAGACGUAGAGCAGUGAUGUGGAUCCCUGGCAUGAUGUUGUUUGUAUCAGUGAUAUACUCAGGAUCCAAGGCCUUAGCUAAUCUGUCUCUUCCUGUUUUCCUCUCUCUUCAGAAUCUAGUCACAGUGAUAAACUGUACAACACAGAUGGCCAUCUCUAGAAAGCUGAUGAGCUUAUUUAGUUACCUGAUGUUAAUGUUGGUCAUUACUUCAUCAAUAGGAACCAUCAACACAGACCCUCAGUUUAGUGCUGAUGGAUAUUUCUGGAUGUGUAUUCAUAUUAUUUGCACAGGUGCUUUACAGAUUUAUUCAAAACUGACAAAAGGCAGAUUAAAAAUAAGCUCACAUGAAAAACUUUACUGCAACUACAUAUACAGCAUGGUCCUCCUAGCACCCUGUAGUUACCUGAUUGGGGAUGCACUUGACGCCAUCAAAUUUCCUUACCUAUACUUCUCCAAAUUCUACAUAGGCUGUAUAUUCAGUGGUGUGUUUGGUGUGCUGUUGAACCUAUAUACGAUACGUCUACAGGAGGCUUAUCUGGAGUCCAUUGAGUUUGUCAGGAUACAAGGCUUCGCCAAGAUGGUUUCUUCUGUAAUAUCUCUCCAGUUUUUUGACAUAACAGUAACACAAUCUCAUGCUGUCUGGCUAGCUGUCAAUCAACUAUCAGGAUUUGUGUGCGAAGAUCCCAUGAUUCCCUCUACAACAUCAAAUAUUACAGACCCUGAGUUGUCAGCCAAUAAGAACUCUUCUUACAACUCAGACACUAUAUCAUCCAAUAAAAAAUCAUCUUACAGUGGAGAGGAUACAUCUUCUAGUGGCAUGGCCUCUUACAGCAUGGAAUAUUCCUCACCGGCCAAUCGCAUGUCUUCUUACAAUGCAGAUUUUUCCUCACCAGCCAAUCACACACCUUCAUACAAUGCAGAGUACUCCUCACCAGCCAAUUACACUUCUUCUCACAAGGAAGAGUACACCUCACCAGCCAAUAGUAUGGCAUCUACUUUUCAUGAACAAUUUUAUCAGCCAGGAAUAAUUCCUGGAUUAGGGUCCAAACAUAAUGUAUUAUACAAUGACUUUUUACGAGAUGACCAACAUAAAUAAUGUUAUUUUUGUUUUUGUGGAAUUAUACUGACAGUACUUUUACUUGUUAUUUGAUUGAAAUUAAAAAAUAAAAGUGCAAUAUUUAUCAGAACA